AUGGCUGCUCAACAACGCGUCGGUCGGGUGAUCGAAGCUUGGAGAGCAAAUCCCCAAAGCGGCUUCAAUGAGAAGGAUGGUUCAAGGGCUCCGAGUACCGCUCUCACCAAGUCCCAAAGAAAGGAAAGGCGGGCCAACCAUACCUCAUUCAUACAGCAGACCCGGGUGCUCACUGUGCGAACUUGGACUGUGACGAUUCGCGAUCCUAUGGUCUUUUUGAGGCCGUUAGCAUGGCAGUUAUCACAGGAUGGAUCUUCCUACAGCUCGACGGCUCACUCUCUGGCAUACGAUCCCGACAAGGAGCACUGUACAACGCAGCUGCGCUCCAAGGCUACCUGA